CAGCAUCGCCUGACGUUUAUUCCACUCCGUGUUAUUUUAUGGUUGUCCAGUCAACAAGAAACACGUGCAUUAUAUUUCUAAUCUAAUCUGUCCUGGAUUAUAUUGUAGCUCUCUCUAGCUAGAUGCAACAGCAGGGCUUGGUUUCUGCUAUCGUGGGUUUUUACAGACAGGAUUUUAACAUUUUAUGGUUUAAGCUAUCAACAGCACCGCUCUGUCCCUGCCGCACCAGACAUGCUAGCACCUAAUUAGCAACCUAGCCGUGUGGACAUUGUGCCGUUGGGCUAACGCUGACUAGCCGCCGAGCUAACGAGGCUACGUUGCCACAACAAUGGACGACUCUGGUAUCAAGAAGCAGAACUGGGACGUGAAGGAAACUGAGUUAUUUCUGGAAAUCCUCAAGGAGCUGGACAUGAAGAAAUGCUUAGACGAUCAAAAUGGACCCUGAGAUGGACUCACAGCUGAAGAUUGGUUUCAUUGGUGCAGGGAACAUGGCAUUUGGCAUCGUAAAGGGCAUGUUGUCUGGAAAUGUUCUUCCUCUAAACGUCAAAGUGAGCGCACCAUCCUCCAGGAACCUGGGACGCUUUCAGGAGCUCGGUAUUCCCGUCUCUCACUCCAACACAGAGGUAGUCUGUGGGUCAGAUGUGGUUUUUGUAGCCGUCAAACCACACCUGGUUCCACUGGUUCUCAAUGAGGUCUCACAACACAUCACUGAACGACACAUUAUUGUGUCUGUUGCAGCUGGAGUAACACUGGCGACACUGGAAGAGCUUCUGCCAGAGAAUUCAGUUGCCAUCAGGCUGAUGCCGAAUCUCCCAUGUUUGGUUCAGGAAGGGGCUCUCCUGUUUGCACGGGGAUCCCAUGCCAAACAGGAGGACGGAGCUCUGCUUCGCUCCUUGUUGCACCGCUGUGGUUUAGUGGAGGAGGGACCUGAGGCCUGGAUUGACAUCCACACUGGACUGAGCGGGAGCGGAGUCGCUUUUGUGUAUCUGUUUGCUGAAGCUCUGGCAGAAGGAGCUGUUAAAAUGGGAAUGCCAAGUGCUCUGGCACACAGCAUCGCAUCUCAAACUGUUCUGGGUGCUGGGCGGUUGUUACGAGACUCUGGAAAGCAUCCAGCUCAGCUCCGCUCUGAGGUCUGCACCCCAGGUGGAACAACCAUCUACGGGCUUCACACCCUGGAACAGGGCGGUGUGAGGGCAUCGACCAUGAGCGCCGUGGAAUCUGCCACCGAGAGAGCCAGGGAGCUUGGCCGGAAGUCAGCAGCAGGAUGCAGGAAAUGACAGCUGCUUUUUGCCUUUUGAAUUACCACUCAUUGAACUUAACUGAAGCCUAACAACAAAUGGAACUUUUGGCUCAACCAGUUGCCAUAGAACACCAAGACAAACCUGUUUCCCCGAAUCGAAUGCAGUUCAUACUUUUUCUUUUUCAUGUCUUUGACCACAUCGAUUUGUCGUGAGCAAAAAUGAAAUAUUGGCUUAAUCUCGACAUUGACACUGACAAGUAAAUUAUUUGAUUAUAACCCUGUGAUUUAUUUGAGACACUGACUACAUGCACACCAAUAAUCCAAUCUUUUCUGAUUUAGGCAGCAAUGCAAGUAAGGUGUAACCCAAAUGUGAUUAUUCCCAUAGUUACAGAUGUUGUUGUACAAUAAGAUGCACAAUACUUCUAUUUUAGUCACAUUCAUUGGAGGCCGUAUUAACCUGUGAGCUUGAAUACAGAAAGACACUGACAUCAUAGUAAUAAAGAGGGGGACUUUAGCCAUCAAUCAAUCAGUCCAAGAGGCAGCUUUUAUAAACUUCAAGUUUGGAGUAAUGCCUUACAGCCAUGAUUGGGUCAUUAUGUGCAUGUAAUGCGUUGUUUCAGGUGUAAUUCAUCAUCUACUUGCUGGCUUUGUGUACAACACAAUGUUAAGAAAAAUAUUCAUGAUCUGCGAUGCCAAGCGUGUAGGCUGGGGUUUUCAUAAAGUGUCACUUGAGCCGGC